AUGCCCAUCUCCUUCCCCAGGUAUUUCCCUCCCCCGCGAGGGCACCGCACUCUCAGGGAAGGACACGGCGGAUAUACCAGGCGUGACAAGGAGGAGGGUCCAUAUGGACUAUUCAUUGAGCACGAUGACGGAGAUGGGGCGAUUCCGCUAAAUGAAUACGAUGAUCUCUCUUCCAUCGAACCCUAUUGGCAAAGAGCUGGAGCCAGCAUAAACAUGACCUUGUGGGGCAACCGUGCGCAGCGAGAGAUGGCAGCGAUGGAGCUGAGACACCUGAAUAUGGAAAUAAAUGCAAUAACAGGAGACUUUGGAUUAGGAAUCAUUGAAACAAGCAAUUGGUAUAAUGCAGGCGAGCAGCUUUUUAAGGCGCUGAGGGACUUCCACAUGUAUGGUGCAACUGCACGUUUUGAGGAUGUUCGGGACUUUAUUUGGGAAAGGAUUCAGGUCAUGAAUUAUCCGACUGACUGGAGGAUCAAGAUGGAAGAUUUUACACGCGAAAUUGAACGCUACGCUGGACACAAUGCAAGGCUUCGGAAGAAUCGUCCGGUGGACACCGACGACAGCAUCUUUAACGAAUGGUUGUUGGAAAAUUUCCCGCAGCCUUAUGCCCCUCCGCCCUCAUAUGAACACACAGAGAGAGCAAACACCCAAGUUCAGGAACCACCAAGGCCCUCGGGCGGCGAGCAAUAUCCGGGCCAGGAUGCUGUCGUAUCACAGUUUGCGUCCAAUAUUGGCAGCGCAAGGACAGCUGUGAACGAUAAUUACCCGCCAAAGGCAGCCGAUACCCGCAAUAGUACGCCCGGCGCCCAGUUUGCGGAGGCCAGUCCCUUCUCGCCGGCCGAGAUAAACUGUCAGCAACAUGACACGAGGAAAGAAAUGCGCAGAAGUCCACUUUGGUAG